AUGACAAAAACUCAAAGCGAAACCGAUAUUAAAAAGUUAUUUAAACAAUUUGACAAUGGAAAUGGUGUAUUGUCACUUGCUGAAAUUGAUAAAGCAAUCAUACGGCUUUAUCCUCAAUUUGCAAAUAAUAAACCAGCCAUUAUGAGAGCAUAUAAAGCAGCUGAUACGAGUGGAAAUGGAUUUGUUGAACUGGCUGAAUUUGGUAAAAUUGUUGAUUUACUCCAUUAUUACAAUGAAAUAUCACAAGUGUUUCAACAAUUGGAUAAGAAUAAAGAUAAACGAAUUAGUUUUAAUGAAUUUAAGAAAGGUUAUGAUUUACUCAAUCAAGAUAGUGACGAUGAAGAAGCGUUAAGAGAAGAAUUCAAUUCUAUCGAUACGAAUCACGGUGGAUAUAUUCUGUUUGAUGAAGUAUGUUGA